GAUGAAAACAGACUGUUGCAGAGAGGAAAGGAUGCUGCUGCUGUUAGGACACACACACACACACACACACACACACACACACACACACACGGAUUCAUCUGACCAACAUUAGCGACAUUGUUAUUAUUAUUCUAUUAGUGACCUUGUUUACACGUAGUUUUAGCUUUUCUUUGUUCUAGAGUCGUUUUUUUUUUCAGCCUGCGAGCUAGCUAGCUAACGGAUCCGUUAAAAAAAAAAAAAAAAAGCCUGGUGUGUGACGUCACGGCGAACCUUCUAACGGACUUUUUUGUGUGUGUGUGUGUGUGAUUGAGUGGACAGGAAGGAGCGCUCGAGCCGACCGCCUUGAUCCCGCCCCCUGCUUUCCGCUCGAGCGCCUGACGUCACGGCAGGACUCUCACGCGCCGUGCGCUUGUAAACAGAUCCUCCCACGUGACCGAGUGGAGCAGCGCGCGAGCCCAGUCGACUCCCGCAUUGUCCUCUCUGCCUGCGGGACACAAAAGGCAAGAAGGCAAUAAAACAACAAAACAACAACAACAACAACAAACAACAAAGGCGAGAGUAUGUAAAACAAAACAAAACAAAUAGGUACUUCAGAGAGCAGGUGGAGAGGAAAGGAGGAGAAGAGGAGAAGAAAAGAAAGGAUGAGGAUGAAGAGAGACGGGCUUCAGUAUCAGACGGGCCGGAAACUGAAGUGUGCGCGCGAUGUUUAUUUUAAUCCACGGUUGUUUUGUAGUUUAGAGUUUGACGGUUUUCUUUAAAUUAUCGUUACGUCAUAAGGGAGACGCUUCACCGCGACGUCAUCAUCGAGCUGACAUCCGACAUCGAUCCCUUCUUUCUUUCUUUCUUUCUUUCUUUGUUGUUGUUUUUAUCCCGGGGUUUGUUUAAAGCGGGUGUUUUGUUAUUAGCCGCGGUUAGCUAACCGUCAGAUGUCAUUCACAAUGGAGGAGUCUCUGGAGUCCGGUUGGGUUUCUGUAAGGCCGAACGUCUUCGAGGAAAAAGAGAAGCACAAAUUCGUCUUCAUCGUGGCCUGGAACGACAUCGAGGGCAAGUUCGCGGUCACCUGCCACGACCGGACGGUGCAGAAGCGCAGCGCGGCGGCGCGGGACUCGGUGACGGAGGUGGCUGAAGGCGCGCUGCUUCAAGACAAACGUCCCGUGGCCUCGAAGAGCGCGCGAGAGAAAGCCUCGGAUAAAUCUAAGCCCACGCGAAGCCCGAGCAAAACCGCCGCGCUUGGUGACAUCGAGGUUCUCGAGCCCGCGUCCGUCGCUGUCGCCAUCACCGACGCACGUUCUCCGGACGACACGGACGACCCAGACGCCGGCGUCUCCCUCGUCAUCAUCGGCGGCGACUCGAGCUGGGCCGGCCUGUUCUCCUUCCAGGACCUGCGCGCGGCUCACGCACAGCUCUGCGCGGUCAACUCGGACCUCGAGCCGUGCCUGCCUCCGUUCCCCGAGCAGGAGCAGCAGUCGGCCAUGUGGUCGGUGUUGUUCGGGGUCCCGGAGGUCACGCGGCGCGACACGGAGGCGCUCUGCUACCAGCUGCAGGUGUACCUGGGCCACGCGCUGGACACGUGCGGCUGGAAGAUCCUCUCCCAGGUGCUGUUCGCGGACGGAGACGACUCGGAGGAGUACUACGAGAGUCUGAGUGAGCUGCGGCAAAAGGGCUACGAGGAUGCUCUGCAGCGGCAAAAAAAGCGCCUGCACGAGCUGUUGGAGAAGCAGCGAGGCAUGGAAAGCAUGGUGGAGCUGCUGCAGUUGUACUCGGAGCAGGACGAGGCGUACGGCGAUCUGGUGGAGGCCACCACUGAACUCUACCACUACCUGCUGCAGCCCUUCAGAGACAUGCGAGAGCUCGCCAUGCUGCGGCGACAGCAAAUAAAGAUCUCUCUGGAGACAGAGUAUCUGGGCCCGCGCCGGGUAGAGGCACUCAGGAGGGAGGAUGAGGAUUGGCAGAGGAAGGCCCAUACCGCAGUGCUGUCUAUCCAGGACCUCACUGUGAAGUACUUUGAGACUACGGCACGGGCACAGAAAGUGAUGUACGAGCGCAUGCGAGCUGACCAGAGGAAGUUCGGGAAGGCAGCGUGGGGCGCAGCAGUGGAGCGCAUGGAGAAACUGCAGUAUGCUGUUUCCAAGGAGACGCUGCAACUGAUGCGCGCCAAAGAGAUCUGCCUGGAACAGAGGAAGCAUGGGCUGAGAGAGGAGAUGCAGGGGCUACAGGGUGGGGAGGAUGCGAUGGCGCGUCUGGACCAGUUAGAGGCGCUGUACUAUGAGUUGCAGCUGCAGCUCUACGAGAUCCAGUUCGAGAUCCUGAAGUACGAGGAGCUGUUGCUGACUGCGCAGCUGCAGAGCCUGCGCAGACAGAUGACCGAGAGGCAGGACGAGGUUGUUUACUACGACACAUACGAAAGCCCUGACGCCCUGCAGGCCACUGACGACGCGUCUCUCGCUCCUGCGCCUCUGAGAGACGAGGUCACCCAGCUGCAGCAGAGGACGCGGCAGCUAGAGGCCAGGAGGGGACGCAUCACUGCCAAGAAAGCCUACCUCAAAACCAAAAAGGAAAUCUGCAUUGUCAAUCACACCCAGAAACUGCAGCAGCGCCAGAGCGGCCAGGACCACGACUCCCAGCAUGCUUUGCGGCAGCAGGAUGAAGAAGAGGAGGAGGUGAGGAAUACACGAGUCAGCCAAGAGAGACAGAAGACAUUGGACAGACUGCGCAGCUUUAAACAGCGCUACCCAGGCCAGGUCACCCUGAAAUCCACACGCCUUCGACUAGCACACGCUAGAAAGAAGAACGGCGCUGCCCAAACAACCGCGAAAGCGGCCCAGCCCCAGACGCAGGUGGCGAGCGUGCAGACGGACGACGCCCCGGCUUCUCUGAAAGACUCCACUGCUGUCCCGGAGCUCCAGAGACCUGAAGGAUUCAUGUCUUUACCCUCAAACAUCCCGCCCAUCCCAGAGACGCUCGGGCCGUCCUCCUUGCCCCCACUCACUGAGCGGAACGUUCUGGACUCUUCCACAUCUCCAAUCUCUCCCCCUCCUCCCCCUCCACCUCCUCCACCUCCUCCUCUCUCUCUGGAGGAUACGCCCGGACCAGGACAAGGACAAGCGCAAGGACAGGGACAAGCGAGCAGCCCCGUGUCUCAACCCAAAGCAGAAAGUCCUCUCGGCCCGUUCUCCCCUCGCUUCUUCGACAGCAGUCAGCUGGUGAACGCGCGCAAAAAGCUGAGGAAGACGUCCUCUCUGGAGUCGUCCCAGUGGAGGAGAGCGUCCUCUCCUAUGGACGAAGUCUUGGCCAGCCUGAAGCGCGGGAGUUUCCACCUGCGCAAAGCCGAGCUGCGCGUUCUUGCUCCAGAUCCAGACCAGGACGACGGGAACAACAUUCUGGCUCAGAUCCGGCGCGGCGUGAAGCUCAGGAAGGUGCGGCGUCACGAGCAGCAGCGCUGUCCAGAAUCCAGCGACCCGCUCACGCGCAGCAUCCACGAAGCCCUGCGCCGCAUCAAAGAGGCUUCACCUGAGUCCGAGUCUGAGGACGAGGGGCUGCCGUGCACCGACUGGGAGAGUUAGAUCACUCAGUGUAUACACACACACACACACACACACACACACACACAUAUACAUACAUACAUACAUACAUACAUACACUCACACUUUAGUGACCAGUGUAUAUAUUCAUAUAUGCACACAUCAGACACAUUUAAGAUUGUGAAAUUACAAUGCAGCACUGCUCGGGCUUAUCAUGGCCGUCAGGUUUAUGAAGGAAAAGCAUUGAAUAUGUUGUUUUGUAGCCAUGUACCCAGGACAUGGGCCUUGUUACAAACCGCUGUACCCAGGACAUGGGCCUUGUUACAAACCGCUGUCAGACUCAGACCACUGACCACACACCCACUGGGCUUAAAAAGCACAACCUUCAUAUGUGUCGUCUCGUCUUUCUCUCUCUCUCUCUCUCUCUCUCUCUCUCUCUCUCUUUCUCUUUCUCUCUCUCUCUCUCUCUCUCUCUUUCUCUCUGUGUGUUUUUCUCAGCUUCUGAUUUAACAUCCAGUCUUUGGUUCUAGCCACUGUUUAUAUUUUUAUUUCAUUUUUUGUCUGUUGUGGUAUCAGGAGACGAUACCAUGCUUCUCCUUUAAACAAACCAGUUCAUUUACAAUUCAUUUAUCAAUUCAGAAAUGAAAUACAAUCAUUCCACUGGUUUGGCUCUGAACGAUAUCAGACCCAUGGAAGUCGGUUCACGGCGGUCUCGUGAUUAAAAUUCCUGACGUUUAUAUUCCUGAAGCGAGCCAUGUCACCGCAGCAGCUCUGAAACCCAUGUUUAAGGUCUUUAUGUCCUUUUUUUUUUUUUUUUUUUCCUCAUUUCCGUUGUGGACGAUGUUGCAUUCCCUGGCUUUGCUUCUCUCUGCUUGGUUGAUAUGCAGAAGGAAAGAUUACAGCCGCAUUCAUUUUUUUAAAAAAAAAUUUCAUUGUGUUUAUUUACUGUCCUUUUCUCCAGCUUUUUGCUUGGUCACAGUUGGAGAAAAACACCGUCUGUGUAGUGAUGCACUGAUGCCACCUACAGCCAACAUCUUGUAUCUACACUGCUCACAAGUGCCGCUCUGUUUCAUUUUUUUAACUUGAUUUUUUUGUGUGUUUCUUUACUCAUAUAUAGUAUUUCUUUUUCGAUUGGUGUAGGUCUAUUUUGUUUUUCAUGUAUUCAUACUCAUUCACCAAGUUCAUUUCUUUUAUUGCUCAAGUCCAUAAUGUUUGUGUGUGAGUGUAUGUGCAUGUGUGUGUGCUAUUUUAUUAUUUUUUUUACAUUAAUUAUGGACACGCUGUCUGUGAACACAAGCACAGCACAUUUACAGACAUUUUUGUUGCAGCGUUUUCAUUCACGGUCCGCGUGUGACCUUCCGAUAUUCUUUUUUCCGUUUUGAGAAUGACAUAUUUAACUGACAUACUGACAUACUUAGGGCAGAAAGAAAGGUUUAUGAUUGGUUUUGUGCAACCAAUGACAUGACGACAUUAGAGUUAACUUGAGACACCUUCUUUCGCUAGCUACAAUAGGUCUCCAGAAAGUUUAAAGGGGCAGUUUGUCAUUUUUACAGCCCUCUCCUGCCUGCUAGUGGAAUUGCUAUUGCAAUUAAGAAAACUGACAAGCUUUCUUAAAGCUCCAACAAGCCCCGCCCCCGUUUCAUGAGUUGCCCAUGGGCAGCGCAGGGGAACUCAUUUCCAGGCCAGAAAAACUGAAGUCUGACCGAAGAAGCUAGCAAGAGCCAUUCCUUUCUUAUGAUAUUUAUGAAAUUAGACUGUUUUUUUUUCCAGGUUUAGAAACACUCUAACGCAUUACACGCUGCAGUUAAACAAAACACGAGGCUGAUUAGUGUUUACAUGUUUACUGGAUAUAAACACGUUUACUGCAAAUUAUUACGUAUAAACCAUGUCUUACGCUUUGCAAACAUAUCAACACAUUAAGUAGCUAGUAGAUACCAUUCUUAGCUAGCUAUAUUUGACUACUUUCAUAAAUAAUGUGUUUAUUGAAGAAAUGUGUCGGGAUCAGGAUCAUGUAUUGUUUACCUUUCUGAAGAGCUGUUGUAGCUAAGAAUGACUUGGUUGCACUGAAAUAAUUAUAAUUCCUUUCUCCCUUGUGAAGAGAUUUGGGUUAUGGUGCGUUCACAUCAUGUCAGAAUGAUAGAAAUUCUGAGUUUCUUAGACACGUCUUCAUCAAACAAGGUUCCCUUCACUGACAUUAUUUAACUCAUUAGUUAACAUGAACAAAACGAGAACGUCAGCAUUAAUACACCUUACGUAAUAUUAUCUAAUUGAUGGUUUUUACAAUAAUAAUAAACCAAAUAAUCCACCUGAGUUAACCAAAGUACACCAUCAGUAAGUAAAUUUAAACCCACAGGUUUUUUUUUUUUUUUUUAAAUUGGCAGUAAAUUAUCACCUAAAAUUAUUUAGAAACUUCUAAUUUUUGCUAUUGUACAGGUGUAUUACUUUAACAUUUAAACAAUUUUCAAUCAACAUAUGUGUUAACUUCUCUUGUUAGCAUUACGUUUGGCUUAUUAAUGCGAAGUUCAUCGUUUAUUAAUGUUAAUUAAUGCACUAAAUAAUUCAAGUUAAGGGAACUUUAAUGUAAAAAUCGUUACCCUUAUUACCACUUUCCAUUACCCUUGUAACCUUGUGACCAGUUGGAAAUACUGUGUAUAUAUAAAGAUAUGGAUUUAAUAUGGAAAGUCUGGAUUUAACCAAAUUUAACUCAGUUAGUAUUACUGUUAAACAUUCCAUAAGACUAUAGUGUAGCCAACUAAAGAAAUGUUUUUUUUGUUGUUGUUGUUUUUUUUUGGGCAUCUUAUUUACUAUAGAAUUACCGUUUACCCUACGUUCACUCUAGCUCACAGUUUGUCUCUUGUGGACGUGUAGCGAAUGUUACUUUUGUCGCUUCUGAGUGUGGACUGUCUGGCAUUUUUUAUUAGUUCUGAUGACAAACAGUUGUAGCUACAUGUAUGUAGCUAGCUAAACACAAAUUAAAACAGUGUGAAAAUUGGUUGUUUGAUUUACAUGUUACAUGCUAAGCUUCGUUGAGAGAUUUGCACAGCAAGCUAACUGUACUGACUACGUACGCUCACCAGAGACACUAGCGAUCUCCGCGACUUUGUUUCCGAGAUUUAUUUUUCUUCGUAAUGUCUCUAACGAGAGGUCGUAUAUGACAGGAUGAGAUGAAACCACGGUUAUAAGUUUUUCUUCGAUUUUUAAGUGUUGAACUAAUUGCAGGUAGCAACUGAAGUUGUGAGUGGGGAACUGAAGAAAAGUCGGACCAUUAUUCGAGCUGAUCAUUUUGAUUUGUCGCUUUACUGUCGUACUUAUUAUGCGUAGAAUUAGUUCAUAUAUCGCGCUGUAACUUUGUCACAUGUCGCUGUAGCAGAAAUCGCACCUCCGUGUUAGAAAUGAGCAAUGGUCGCUGCACACUUCACCACCUGCUAGUGUGAACACAGGGUUACUGUGAGUUGCCGUAAUUCUGACAUAACGCAAAUGCACUAUAAUCCCUAAAACCUCUCAGCCAUUUCCUGCAAAUUUCAAGAAAUAACAAAUCUCAUUAUCUCAAAGCCCUUCUGCCAGUUUCGCUUAUUUAAAAUCCAUCGACUUGCUCCUCAGUAUCGAAUGCUCUCUCUGUGAUGUAGCAGGAAGUCAUUUCCAGGACAUCAUUUUUAUAAAAUGACGUCCGACAUCCACACCUCCUCAGCUGUUCCGUGGCAAUUCCAAGUUUACGAUCGGAGAUUUUAUCCAGCUGCCUGUUACGGUGCUGCCUAAGGCGAAAUGUGGCCGAACGCCACAAGCGAUCAGCCAGCUAGCGCACUCUGAGAAGCCAGUAUUCUUCUCUGAGUACAGGACCAUGACGCAUUGCUUACUGUGUAACUGUGUUGAAGGAUUGCACCCUCGCGAGCUGAUCCGAGGUCAGUCGAUGCGUUUUUUUUACCCACGCUGCACUGGGAUCAGCUCGCCAAUGCUGUAGUUGUGGGAGUGAGAGGAUCUGCUGUCACUCUCCGGGCUGCACUUUUAUUUAAACACGUUUCCAUCAUUUGUACUGUAUUUAGUCUUUUUUUUUUUUUUUUUUUUUUUUAAAGAUUCAUUAAUACAUAUUCCACUUCUUUUUAAUCAUGUUAUUUGUGGUAUACAUUCUAUGCAUUGCUAUCUUAUGUCUUUAUAACACAUCCCUCAUCCCUUAAAAAAAAAAAAAAAAGAACAGAAAAAGUGUAUUUCUGGUCAUUUGUAAUGCAACACUACAGUUUCGAUCCCUCGACCUCAACAAAUACAAACCCAGAUAUCUAUAUGUGACUGACGAAGUCACUAGAAAUGUGCAAUAUUAUAGCAGAAACUGAAAAAUGCAUAUUUUUCAUGUGUAUUAUAAUGUAAUGAAACAGGAAAUCCAAAAAAAAAAAUUACAGCUGCAUGAUUGCUUAAAGUACAUGUAUUUAUUGAGCUUAAUAUUUAAAAAUCUAUAACUGUAAGGUAAAUGUAAAAGGUAAAUGAUUUUUUUUUUUUUUUUUUUAAUCUUUCUUUUUUUUUUUAAAUUUUAUUUUGCAUUUACAUUAUUUUCCCCCAAUCCAUUUUGUUCCUAAUACAUGUUUGGUAAUUCAAUUGCAUUUUCUCCCCUUAAAUGAAUAAAGACAGGUAGUAAAUGA